CUACAACUACGACAGCAGCAACUACUACUACGACUACACGGAUGAGAACGACGAGGAAGAAAUGCCGGCCACUGAGAGAGAACUAGCAGAAGACGCUCAAUGGAAACUUAUCCAGAAGAAUACCUUUACGAGAUGGGCCAACGAGCAUUUGAAGCUGGUCAACAAGAACGUUUCUGACCUUGAGUAUGACCUUUCCGACGGGUUGAGGUUCCUUAGUUUGAUUGAGGUCUUGUCGGGGAAGAAAUUUCAGAAGUAUAACAGGCGACCGAAUUUUAGGACUCAAAAGUUGGAGAAUGUUACCAUGUGCCUGAAGUUUUUAGAGGUAGAUGAGGGAAUAAAGAUCGUUAAUAUAGACAGUACGGAUAUAGUGGACCACAAACUGAAGCUGAUCCUUGGUCUGAUCUGGACCCUAAUCCUUCACUACUCCAUCUCUAUGCCAAUGUGGGAUGGCGACGAUUACGAUCCGUCUAAACCGGAUAAAACUCCCAAACAGAAGUUGUUGGGUUGGAUUCAGAGCAAGCUGCCAGAUAAACCCAUUCAAAACUUUACCACUGAUUGGAAUGACGGAACCGCCAUUGGGGCUCUUGUGGACGCUGUCGCACCUGGGCUUUGCCCUGAUUGGCAGGACUGGACCCCGGAGAACGCCAUACCAAACGCUACGGAAGCAAUGAAUGCCGCUGAACAGUGGCUUGACGUACCACAGUUGAUCCGCCCAGCCGAAAUGUGCAAUCCCAAAGUUGACGAAUUAAGUAUGAUGACCUACUUAUCCCAGUAUCCCAACGCAAAACUAAAACAUGGAGCACCGCUGAAACCCAAAACUAAUCCGGCGCGUAUCAAGGCUUAUGGACCAGGAAUCGAGCCCUAUGGAAACACGGCGGGCAACCCAGCAAGAUUCAUCGUGGAAACAUUCGCUGCAGGGUCAGGUGAACCUGAGAUAGUUGUCGUCAACCCCAAUGGUCAGCAAGAACCUUGCGAGGUCAUCUUCAACAACGACAGAAGCGCCUCCUAUAACUGCGUCUACGUGCCGAGCAUGGCCGGGCCCUACAGAGUCCACGUCAAAUUCGCGGGCAAGGAGACCCCCAAAAGCCCCUACGUCGUCAAUGUUGAGGCAGUCCCUGGAGACGCUGGUAGGGUGACUGCCUCGGGUCCUGGGAUUGAGAAAACUGGCGUUGUUGCUAAUAGGAAGACGUACUUUGAAGUGCAUACCAAAAACGUUGGCGUUGGUGUGGUUGACGUCGGCAUCGUCGAUCCAACCGGCCGACGGGACAUCGUGAAGCCAUUGGUGGCUAGAAAAUCCGAUGAUAAUUGGUAUGUUGAGUAUCUGCCAUUAAUAGAAGGCCUCCAUAGUGUUAACGUGUACUUCGCAGGCAAGUCAAUCCCGAUGAGUCCCUAUCCAGUGCACGUGUCUAGAGCCGCGGACGCCAGGCGCUGCUACGCCACUGGAAGAGGCAUUCAACCCAAGGGCGUGAGAGUGGGCGACGAUGCCGACUUCAAAGUCCACACGCAGGGGGCCGGCGAUGGCGAUCUAAUGGUCAGGGUUCUUGGACCUGGGGGUGUCGAAGAGAGGAUAAGGGUCCGAAAAUUGGACCCCGUGACCUUCGAAUGCGCCUACACACCUAGAAAGCCAGGUCUCCACACUGUGGUUAUUAAUUACGGAGGCCAGCCUAUCACAAAGAGUCCUUUCAAGGUAGACGUGGGGCCCUUGAAACAAAGCCACAUACGUGCCUUCGGGCCGGGUCUGGAGACGGGGGUGGUCGGUUUCCCCGCAUGUUUCACUGUUGAAACUAAUGGCGAAACUGGAGCGCUAGGAUUUUCGAUAGAAGGGCCAUCCCAGGCCAAAAUCGACUGCAAGGACAACGGCGACGGCUCUGCUGACAUCACCUACUGGCCGACAGCUCCCGGCGAGUACGCCGUGCACAUUCUCUGCAAUGAGGAGGACAUCCCGAAAUCCCCCUACAUGGCGGAUAUCAGGCCCAUGACAGGAUCUUUUGAUCCGUCUAAAGUAGAGGCCUCAGGGCCAGGCUUGCAGAGGGUAGGCAACACGGUCAACAAAUGGGCCGAAUUUACGGUGGACACGAGAAGGGCCGGCCGCGCACCCCUUACGAUUGUAGCCAUGGAUGCUGACUACAAUCCCGUUGAUGUUCUCGUCCAGGAUAACAAGGAUGGCACUUUCUUCUGCCGCUACAUGCCCAAGAGAAGCGUAAAGCACACAAUUUUGAUAUCGUACGGUGGAGUUUCUAUCCCACAUAGCCCGUACAGAGUUCUCGUGCAAGAGAGUAGCAACCCUUCAAAGGUCAAAGUUUACGGCCCUGCUCUGGAGAGGCCGGUCAAGACCUUCCAGCGGACCUUCCUCAUUGUGGACUGCACCGAAGCUGGGCCAGGCGACGUGGCUAUAGGCCUGGCAGACGCCAAAGGCAUGGACUGUCCCGUGGAAACAAGGGAUAAUGGGGAUAAUACGUUCCGGAUUGAUUUUGAGCCAACUACGGUCGGCAUGUACACGGCUAAUGUCUUCUUUGCCGAUCAGGAAAUUCCCGCCAGUCCGUAUAAAAUCAAAGUGGAGCCCAGUAUCGAUGUUGGAAAAGUUAAGGUGGAAGGGCUGGAAGAAAGAGUGCCAGUCGGGAAGGAAGUAGACUUCGACAUAAUAACAACUGGGGCUGGCAAAGGUCAAGUUCAAGUGCUCAUCACCAGUCCUUCUGGAAAGUUGAUGGCAGCUAAAAUUGAAGAAACGAUCGACGGGUUUGGCGCUAAAUUCGUCCCGAUCGAAAUCGGCCCACAUUCGGUGCAAGUAGUUUUUGCCAGCCAGCCGGUUCCAAAGAGUCCUUUCCGUUGCGUGGCCUACAUAGACGAACAGAAACCAGCCCCACCCCCUAAGGGAGACCCCAUGGAAGUGAAAGCGUACGGUCCAGGGCUGACCACUGGCAAGGCGAACGCUCCGGCAGAUUUCACAAUCGAUACUCGAGAGGCAGGCCCUGGAGGAUUGGGACUGACCAUAGAGGGGCCCUGCGAGGCUAAGAUUGAAUGUUUCGACAGGGGGGAUGGCACUUGUGACGUCAGAUACUGGCCAACGGAGCCUGGAGAUUACGUCAUCAACAUCACUUACGACGAGAAACCAAUCGCAAAAUCUCCAUUUAAGGCCCUCAUACAGCCGAGCAGAACAGUGGACGUUAGUAACGUCAGAGCUUAUGGGCCCGGACUACAGCCAACGGGAGUCUUUCUAGACAGCACCACGGACUUCAUAGUGGACGCUACUCAGGUCAUCCCGAAAGGUCAAGGAAAGGUCAAAGCAUUCGUGACCUCGCCAAACGGACUGAAGACCGAAGCACUGACAAACAACAACAACGACGGCACCUUUAAAUGCUUGUACACGCCUUUCGAACAAGGCUUGCACCUGAUUGACGUCACGUACGAUGGAUUCCACAUCCCGAGAAGUCCAUUCAAGGUCAACGUCGUUCCCGGCUGUGACCCCUCAAAGGUCAGGGCAUACGGACCAGGUUUGGAGGGCGGACACACAAACCAACCUCAAAUAUUCACGGUCGAAACAAGAGGGGCUGGCCAAGGUGGCUUGGGACUCGCCAUUGAAGGGCCCUCUGAGGCGAAGAUGAACUGCAGGGAUAACAGAGAUGGCAGUUGCACCGUGGAGUACUUGCCAACCAAAGCAGGAGACUACGACAUCAGCGUCAAAUUCGCAAACAGGGAUAUUCCAGGCAGUGCCUUCCAUGUUCACAUCACCGAUGAAGUCAACCCAAUGAAAGUAAGAUGUUACGGACCGGGAAUUGAACCUAAGGGAGUAAGAAGGGGCCAGCCAGGACUUUUUACCGUUGACACUACCAAUGCUGGAAUCGCCCCACUCGAAGUGUUCACUACAGAUUCGAAAGGCCGCAAGAGACCGGCCCAAAUAAACAGACAUGGUGAUGAGACAUUCGAUGUGGUCUACUACCCCGACACGGAGGGCCCAUUGACGGUUGAUGUCAAUUAUGCCGGAAAACCAGUACCUGGAAGUCCUUUCCACACUCGCAUCUGGCCGAGUUUCGAUGCCAGUCGCGUGAUUGUAAGUGGAGAUGGUGUCAAACCAACAGGGGUUCUGGCCAGCAUACCCACAACCUUCCUCAUCGAUACGAGGGAUGCCGGUCUGGCUGAUCUAGACGUCGUUAUACAAGACCCGUAUGGUAACUUCGUUCGAUCGAAAAUAAUGGAUAACAACGAUGGGACAUAUGUAGUCACCUACACGCCAUCAGAUGUAGGCAGGUACAUGGUCGAUGUUAAGUUUGGGGGCCAGAAUGUCCCUCACGCCCCCUUCUAUGUCAACACCUCUCCAACCGGAGAUGCCAGCAAAGUUAAAAUAUUAGUUGGCGAGGAGUGCGUGAUAAACAUCAACACAGCAGAUGCCGGCUAUGGAAACAUCACCUGCCACAUCAGAAGCACAAGUGGUAGCGACGUCGACAUCGAUAUCGUCGACAACGCAGAUGGCACUGUCAGCGUCCUCUACACCCCUCGUCUCCCCGGAGCCUACACCAUCAACCUAAAGUUUGGCGGUCAACCCAUCCCAAGUGGUAACUUCACCCAGCAGGUCAUCCCAUUUUUUAAACUGUUAUUUUUCAUCCACACCACAGUAACCACACCAUCUGGUGAGCAGCAUCGACCAGUGAUCGAGGACAACAAGAAUGGAACUGUCAAAAUCAAGUACUCUCCCAGAGAAACGGGCCUCCAUAAACUGGACGUCUUCUACAACAACAACCCCAUCGAUGGCAGUCCCUUCAACUUUUUUGUGCAUGCUCUUGGAAGGGGGGUGGUCACCGCAUACGGUCCAGGGCUCAGUCACGGUCUCGUGGGUCAGCCGUGCCCCUUUACUAUUGUCACCAAAGAUGCUGGAACUGGUGGCCUGGCCCUGGCCGUGGAGGGCCCCUCGAAGGCAGAGAUAACCUGUGUGGACAACAAGGACGGUACAUGUUCCGUGUCCUACCUGCCCACUGCACCUGGCGAGUAUAACAUCAUCAUUCAAUUCGCUGAUCAGCACAUCCCUGGCUCGCCAUUCACUGCUAAAAUCGUGGGAGACAACUACAAACAAGCCUACCUGUCGGUUGGCACAAGCAGUGAGGUGUCCCUGAGGAUCAUGGAGGCAGACAUCAGCAACUUGACGGCCAGCAUCAGGAGUCCUUCCGGUUAUGAGGAGCCAUGUCUACUCAAGAGACUGCCCAAUGGUCAUCUAGGCAUCUCGUUCACGCCUCGCGAGGUGGGCUACUACCUGGUGAAUGUGUACCGGCCAGGCAAGCAGCACAUCCCUAACUCGCCGUUCAAGAUCUACGUCGGUGAGACUGAGGUGGGCAACGCCAGUAAGGUCAAGGUCUAUGGGCGUGGCCUCACUAGAGGGAUGGCCAAUGAGCUGAAUGAAUUUUUCGUCAAUACAAAAGAUGCCGGAUAUGGUGGGCUGAGUCUGUCUGUGGAGGGACCGAGCAAGGCAGACAUCGACUGCCAGGACAACGACGAUGGCUCCUGCAGGGUCACAUACAGGCCCACCGAACCCGGAGACUAUCUGGUCAAUGUCAAGUUUGCUGAUGAACAUGUGCCUGGAAGUCCGUACAUGGUGCGCAUCGAUGGAGAGCCAUCGGGAAGGAUGACCGAGAAGAUCCUGCGGCAGAGAGAGGCUGCCGACAUCACGCACAUCGGGUCCGAGUGUGAGCUCAGUCUCAAAAUUCCUGGAACCAACAAAUACGACAUGGAGGCAUCGGUAAGCAGUCCCUCCGGAUACACGGAGACCUGCCACAUCCAGGAUCUCGGCAGUAGCCACUACAGCAUCAAGUUCGUCCCCAAAGAGAUGGGCGUCCAUACCGUCAGCGUCAAGCACAGAGGCGUGCACAUUCCUGGAAGCCCCUUUCAGUUUACAGUCGGACCAAUCACAGACGGGGGUGCUCAUAAAGUUCGUGCCAUUGGCCACGGACUGGAUAGAGGGGAGGUCCAUAAGCAGAACCAUUUCAGUAUCUACACGAGGGAAGCGGGAGCAGGGGGGUUGAGCAUCGCAGUUGAAGGUCCCAGCAAGGCGGAAAUAGAUUUUCAGGAUAAAAAAGAUGGAUCGUGUGAUGUUGCCUACGUUUGCACGGAGCCUGGAGAUUACCUGGUGUCUAUUAAAUUCAACGACCAGCACAUCCCUGACUCGCCAUUCAAAGUGCACGUGACCUCUCCGUACGGUGACGUCAGAAAGUUGAACGUCAUCGACAUACAUCAACAGGAAUGGCAGAUAAACAAGCCGGCUGCCUUCACAGUGGAUUUCAAUGGAGCCCAGGGGAGGUUGGACGCCAGGGUGGUCGCUCCAUCUGGAGAGGAGGACCAGGCCAUCAUUCAGGAGAUCGAGAAAGAUAGGUACGCCGUAAGAUUCACCCCACGAGAAAAUGGGGUCCACCUGAUCCACGUGCGUCUCAACGGAAAUCACAUCCCUGGCAGUCCCUUCCGUGUCUUUGUGGGCAAGCAGGAGGCUGAUCCUGGUCUGGUAAGGGCCUACGGGGAUGGGUUGCACCACGGAUCAACAGGCCAGUUGUGCAAGUUUAUCGUGAACACGGUCAACGCGGGGUCAGGGGCCCUAGCAGUAACAGUGGACGGCCCCUCAAAAGUGCAAUUAACAUGUAGGGAGGUCGAGGAGGGCUACGAGUUCACCUACACCCCGCUUGCACCUGGCGAUUACCUUAUAACUAUCAAAUAUGGCGGGAACUAUCAUAUUCCCGGAAGUCCCUUCAGGGCCAGGAUUGAAGGUCCCGGCAGACCAGCGGCCUGGUCCGAGCAAUCGCAAGUCGUCGUUGAGACCAUCACAAAAACAAGCACCACUCAAAAGUUAACCUCGGGUCAUCCACAUUUGCCCUCUGACCCCACGAAGGUCAAGGUGACCGGUGUCGGUCUGCAGAGGGCCUACGCUAAUAAAGAGACGUAUUUCACCGUCGACACCACGGAAGCCGGUUAUAACAUGUUGAUGGUCGGGGUCAUGGGCCCUGAGAUACCCUGUGAGGAAGUCAAGGUCAAACACGUGGGCGACUGCCUCUACAAUGUGGCCUACACCGUACACCAACCAGGUAACUACGUCUUGGUGGUGAAGUGGGGCGAGCAACAUAUACCCGGAAGUCCUUUCCACAUAUCCGUACUUCCGUAGUGAUGACGUCGACGAUGGUGAUGAUGAUGAUAAUACUAAUAACAAUAAUAAUAAUAAAGAUGGCGAUGAUGACUACUGUGGUUUUGGUGAUGAUGAUGAUGAUAAUGAGAUGAUGAUGAUGAUGAUGACGAAGUAUGGAAUAAUUACCAAAAUGAGGAACAACAUGAUGAUUACGGCAAUGAUGAUGAUG